AUGUCUCUCGGGAGGAUGGCAUACCGGCUAUCCUUGUUAUGGUUCGUGAUAUGGACGACAACAACAACAACAACAUUCACUCUCCCGACCGUCGCUGCCGCCCAAACAACCAACGUCACACCCGAAAUCCUCAACUUUGUCCCGACAUGCGCUCAGAAUUGCUUCAAGUCCUUCAUCGCGGGUAACUUUGACAACGCCGUCUGUGGCGACGCGCCCUCGCUGCAAUGUCUGUGUCGCCAGCUCGGAGCGUCGGGGUACACGAUCGGGGAAGGGGCAGCGUCGUGUAUGGCAGGGGAGGGCCAGUUCGGCGCGUGCCAGGAUGAGGAGGACUUCUCCGGUGAGGUGGACACGGCCUAUAACAUGUGCAUCGGGGUGUCGAGGUCCCAGCCCAGGACGCACAAGACGCUCGAGGCCACUCUGAUCCUCCCCUCAUCCGAGACAGGUCCGGUUGUGGCACCAUCGACGACGAAGACGGGAAAAAGCACGUCGACGCGCGCGCAUUCUGGUAUUUCUGCGAGUACUACUGCUCCUAUCCCCGUUUUUACUCUUCCCUCUGGCGAUACAACGAGCUCGACGCGGCCUCGUUCGACUGCACUACCAACAUCCACCACCUCGUCGUCAUCGGCAUCGACCACCGUGGACCCUGUAUCUACAGGCGAUGCUACCAGUGUCCCAGCCACGGGACAAGACUCAAAGAAGCUCAACAGCGCGCAGGUCACCGGCAUCGCCCUAGGCUGCGCAGCCGUUCUAGUCCUCGGCAUCUUGCUCAUGCUCUUAGCCCGCUACAUCCGCAGAAGGCGCUUCGGAGAUCUAGAAUCCGGAUCCGGCUUCGCAAGAAUGCGAGAUUCAAUGAGCUUCAAAAAGAAAGGCCGCCGUGACAGCGGUCCAGAGAUGGGGAUGGGGAUUGGCGGGCCUCAGAUCUCCAGCCCCUUACCUCGAAUCCAACACCAGUCGCCGCGGAACCCGAUGAACCCCGGGUGGACACCAACCAUCCCACGGGGGUACCAAGGCGCCGGUCUGCCCGCGUCUCCCGCUCCGGCGGCUGCUCGUGGAGGUGUCUUUGCCCGGCCGUCACCCGCUCUAGCAUCUGUCAUUGCAGCCUCACGCCCGCCGACUCCUCCGCGCAAACCAACCCCGACUACGUCCCCUGCCUCGGUGCGCGGGCAGGCGGCACCGGCUUUGGGGCUUGUUAUGCCUGCUGUUCCCAAGCUGGUGUUCACCCCGUCACGGGACUCGAACGGACCACAACCGGGCGGGGAAACAACCAAGCCGGCGCUGACCCUGGCUAUCCCGAAAGCCCAGGGUGCACCGGUUCGCCCGGCCCGGUCGGUCCCGGACUCGUCCAGGGAUAGCGUGGUGACUGAGUUUGCGGAGGACGGCGAGGCCGACGCGGGAGGACAGAGAACCAGUGUGUGGCGGCCUCCUCCGUCGGAUCCCCAGUCUGCGACGACGGUGUACUUUGCUGAUAAGGGCGGUAACUGGAUCCUGCGUAACUCGUCGACUCGGGAACCGGGCGCGGUUGAGGGUACAGGAGUACCUCCAGUGCCUGCGAUCCCAACUGGUCAACCCACCCAGACCGCGGCAGCAGCAACAGCAGAACUCCCAAGCCCGCAACAAAAAACCCGCGCCGAGCUAGCCCGAGAUGCCUACGGCGGGUUCGCGCCCGACGCCGUCGUCUCACCGCUCCGACUCCCGCGCAAACCGGACACGACUACCAACCGCAAACUCAGCUCACCCAUCGCCUUCCAAGACCGCCGUCGCGAACCACAGGUCACCAGCCCGACCUAUUCCGCACGGCUGUCCCAGACGGCUGAGACGGUCAUCAGUGAGGAGUCGCAGGUGGGGAUUAUCAUGCCGGGGACUGCCAUCUCGGGGAGUGGGAGUGGCUCGUUUUAUACCAUUAUGCACGAAAGGGAGAGUCGGGAUUUGACGGGGCUGAAGGGGAACACCAAUAACAACAACAGACGGCGCUCGACGAAGCGAACCAACCGUCGUGUUUCUCAGGGAUCAGUAACCUCCAUCGAAUCCGGCGGCGAAGAAGAGGACGAGAACAUCGCCCGCGAUGAUGGUGAGCAGCGGGAUCUCACCCCCGUAGCCGAGUCACCCCAUCCCUCCAGCGCCGUCUCACCCGCGGGAAAAUCACCCGUUACAUACCCCCGUAUUCACCACGGACCACAACGGCCGGGAGGCAGCAACAAAGCACAGGUGUCUCCCCUGCUACCGACAAAGAAUGGGUCUACUGGGGGAUCAGAUCUGGGACAUGUAGCGCAGCAGUAUAAUGUUUGGCGUCCGUCGGGACAGCCGAGUCCGACUGGGGAAGGGUUGGGGCCGAAUUCGGCCGGUAACUCACAGCAGCAGCAACAAUAUCAACAACAACACCAGCAGCCCUACAACGGGCCGGUGAGGAGACCGUGGAACGCCCCGGCAAGUCUCAACCCGAACCCGAAUCCGAACCGGAACCCAGCCCAGCUCCGGACUGGUUCGCCCGAGACACGCACGGGAAAUGUACCCCCGGCAGCGCCGCAUUUCUUUCCGGGGGGGUCGCAGGAGGCUCUGUAUUGGCAGCGGCAGCGGCAGGUGGCGAAUCCGGCUUCGUAUUGGAAUCAGUCGUCUCAGGGGCAGGGGCAGCGUCAUUCUCGGGUUCCGCGGCCGCGACAGCAGCAGCAGUACCAGCAGAAACCGGUGUCGCCGAUGGGGCCGUAUGAGCUGCCCGCGGAGAGGCGGUUUAUGGCGACGGAGCAGCAGCGGUUGUAUCAGCAGCAGGGUUAUUCGCAAUAUCAACAGCCGCAGCAACCGUAUCAACAACAGCAGCAAUACCAGCAGCAGCAACACCAGCCAUACCACCAACACCACUCCCAAGCGACGAUCUACCCACCCACACCAGUCGCCACGCCCCAACCUCAACAACCCCAACCAACACCACCCCAGCAGCAGCAACAACCCACAGGCCCAACCUCCCUCCUAGCCCAACGCCGCGGCGCCGACAAAGUCACUGCCCUCACACUCACCAACCCCAAAAACAAACAAGCCGGCUCAGAUGGAAAGAAUCCCAAAAGUCAAACAACAAAGAGCAAAAACGGGUGGACACGCGAGGAAGGAGGAGAGCCAGCUGCGCCGCCGAUCACGCCUGGGUGGAUGCCUGAGUUGACGCCCACGAGGAAGGGGGGGGAUUUAUAUUUGAAUGUGCGGUAA